AUGAGCGCUGAUUGUCCUUCCGACAAACAGGAGAUUGAAUCGUUGAGACAGAGAAUCCAGGUCCUGGAGGACGAGAAAUACGAGCGUGACCUCAUAAAGGAGCGACUUCAAGUGCUGGAAGAACAACGGCAUGGAAAUCUCAACCUCCUUGUGCGUGUGAGCGAGCUGGAAGAAGCUAUGGAGAGAAGCAAGGAAGAGUUCGGUCAGGAGAUCAAGGCCAGCUAUCGCAACUUGACCCGCGCUUGGCACUCGAUUGGCGAGCUGACCCAGCGGAAUGAGCACCUGGAGAAACGCAUCCAAGCGAGCGAGGAAGAGCAGCGAAGGCUAGCUCAGAGGCAGCUGGAGCUCGUCGAUGUUGACAUAUCCCUGGAAGAGCGGGUGGAAGAGCUGGAGGGAAUCCUCGACGAGGAGGCCGGGAAAAAGAAAACUCACCGAGAGCGUGGACGUAGCAAGUCGGCAAUCAACUCGAUCCCGACAAGUGCAUCACUGAUGCCAGAGAGACGCGCAGAGGCGUCCACAAGCCUGGCUUGGCCAGCAAACCACGACCCCUUGUCCAAUUCGACCAUCAUACCUCUGAGACCCGCACCCACUUCAGCCAGCAUUCAUGCUGGGUCUUUCUCAUGGACCGUCCAUGUGUCCCUGAUGCCGACAGCCACCCGGCCAUUUCCAUUCGAAAGAGACACGGUUGCGUACAAGCGAUGCCUCUCCCGUGGACUGCAUCAGAUGGUUGCCAUCACCGGAUAUGACGACGAAUCAUUCGUAACCGCCGUGUCCAAGGCUUUCAAGAAUUUGCUGCUGGACCGACCCUGGGCGCCGUUGCAGGCCGAGCUGUGCAAUGCAGAGUCGUUGCAGGGUCUGCCGAUGCUCCGUCAACUGGACGCAACCCUUGUGGGCCGCAAAUAUGACUUUGAAUUUCUACGCCGAUAUUGCGCCGUCCAUGACGCCAGAGGAAGGAUCGACUCACUCUAUAUAGCUCUCCGAGACGACUCCCUGUCCUGGAACUUCUUGCGGCACGCACCAGUCUUUGUGACCGGCCUCGAGGCCUGCUGGGAAUACACGCCUCUGCUUGAUGGGAACGACCUUUUUGAUGACGAUGACGAGCCCGGUAAUCCUUCCCGUCCAUCUGCCGGUGAGAUUAUUCAGGUACUCCCUCCGUCACUCAAGCGUGCCGCCUCGGAGAUGUCUCGCUCAUCCAGCUUUGGAUCCACAGUCACCAGCAAGCUGACCGACGGCGAGGGUCCUUCCGCGAAGGCGCCCUGCCUCAUCAAUGUUGCUGAGGUCAGUAGCAGAAGAGCCGAAACUGUGUGA